AUGGCAAGCAUCUCUGGUCGGCCUUCUCCAAUGGAUAUUGUGAUGACAUCCCAAAUGGCCCAGAAGACGGGACAGGGACGGCAGAGACAUAAUGUGACAGGAGGUUCUUCAUCAUUGGUCCUGUCCACAGCCAGCUCCUUCCUCUGUUGGCUUGCCCUGCUGUCAAUAAUGCGGUUGCCAAUGGUAACAGCUGACUGUUGGCUUAUCGAAGGGGAGAAAGGCUUUGUGUGGCUGGCUAUCUGCAGUAUGAACCAGCCGCCUUAUGAGGCCAUCCCAUCCCACAUCAACAGCACUAUUGUGGAUCUGAGGCUGAAUGAGAACAAGAUACGAUCGGUCCAUUAUUCUUCACUCAGUCGCUUUGGCAACCUCACCUAUCUGAACCUAACCAAGAAUGAUAUCAGCUAUGUGGAAGAUGGAGCAUUCUCAGCACAAUUCAACCUGCAGGUUCUCCAGAUGGGUUUUAACAAGUUGAGGAACCUGACAGAGGGGAUGCUGCGAGGCCUGGGCAAGCUGCAGUAUCUCUAUCUGCAAGCCAACCUCAUCGAGACUGUUACACCCAACACCUUCUGGGAAUGCCCCAACAUAGAGAAUAUAGACCUCUCCAUGAACAGGAUCCAGGUGUUGGAUGGCAGUUUGUUCUCUGGACUCUCUAAGCUGACCACCUGUGAACUUUACACCAACCCCUUCAACUGCUCUUGUGAGCUGUUGGGUUUCCUGCGCUGGCUCUCAGCCUUCCCCAACAGGACCAGUGAGAGAAUGGUGUGCGACUCCCCUCAAGGAUUCUUCGGCUACAACCUCCUGAGCCAGAACCCCCGCAUGCCUACCCAACGCAACGCUCUGCACGUGCUCAGUCUUGUAUGUACAGACGACGGCAGUAGUGUGACAUCUUUCUAUGUUAUUGGUUCGGCUGAUUCAACCACCCUGCCCCCAGAUUUUGCCUCUCCCUGUGGAUUGGACGAUUGUGCUUCUGGGACCCCUCCUGAUGAGGUAAUCAGCUUAAGCCCCAUUUUCUCUGACGCCAAUCCGAUCAUGACGCUGAAACAGGUGCUACAUUCAAGCGCUGUAAUAACGGUUCAGAUUCCUCAUCCGUACAGGAAAAUGUACAUCCUUGUGCUUUAUAACAACAGCUUCUUCACAGAUAUCCAGAAUCUGAAAAAUCAAAGAGAAGAUAUUGAGCUGAAGAACUUGAAACCUAACACUGACUACACGUACUGUGUGGCUUCUAUACGAAACUCCUUGCGCUUCAACCACACCUGUUUGACCAUAUCCACCGGCCGCCGGGCCGGGGCUGAGACGAUAGCCAAUCAGUCGUCAGCCACCCACUACAUUAUGACUAUUUUGGGCUGUUUGUUUGGCAUGCUACUCUUUCUUGGCCUAAUAGUCCACUGCCUGAGAAAGAAGAGGAUCAUGGAGGAGAAGGAAAGGAAGAUGAGCAGGAUCCAAAGGACUCUGAUAGAGCUCAAGUAUGGUGGAGAAGGGGAUAUAGAGGGCGGGAGUGGAGGAUCUGUUUCCCAGAAGCUUGGCGCUGGUGACAGCCUGUCCAGAAUGCCCUACCUUCCUCAGGGUGGUGAGAUAGAUCCAUACAAGCUGCAGGAGGUUAUAGAAACACCUGCGCACAAGCCUGCUAAACUUAACUACAUGGAGGUGAGAGGAUCUGGCAUUGAAAGGGACAGGGAGAGGGAGAGGGAGAGGGAGAGGGAGCGAGAGCGAGAAAGAGAGAUGUCGCCACAAGCAAAUCCCCAGGGCUCAGUAGCAGAGAUCUCAACCAUUGCUAAAGAAGUUGAUAAAGUUAAUCAGAUCAUCAACAACUGUAUAGAUGCUCUCAAAUCUGAGUCUACCUCCUUUCAACAGGGGAUGAAAUCCCCCUCUUCUGCCGGUGGAGGGGCUGUUUCGACUGCAGAGCCGCAGCUGGUGCUUCUCUCUGAGCAAGGAGAGAGAGGAGAAAGAGGAGGGGAGUUCCUCUCCCCAGUGUAUAAGGGAGGAAGAGGAGGAAGAGAAGAGAGAGGGCGAAGCUAUCAUCAUUCGCUGCAGCGACAUCACAGCAUGGAGGCUCCUCCAACCUCCAAAAGGCCCAGCACCUCCUCUUCUCCUGGCUCUGCCAGGAGCCCACGCUCAUUCCGCUCGGAGGGAGGCUAUCACACAUCAGAGACCCGCUAUAUCGAGAGAACCUCACCAGGAGAGAGAGGAGAAAGGGCAGGCGGAGGAGUAGAGGCCAUCCGUACAGUCACCCCAGCAGCAGCUAUCUUACGAGCUGAAGCCCAGAGAAUCCGUCAGUACAAUGAACACCGCCACUCCUAUCCCGGCUCACAGCAGCACCUCCAGGAGAUGCAGCACCACCCCCAGAUGCUGCAGGAGCUCCACCACCACCCAGGGGGCCGUAAGCCCUCCAUGUUAGACCCCCUCACCCUCAGCAGGCAGGCCAAGCAACGGGAGCUGGCCUACUCCCAGCUAUCGCCACACUAUCCGCUCUCGCCCCAGUACCACAACCUCAGCUACUGCUCCAGCCCAGAUGAAGACGAGGAAGAGGAAGGGCUUCUCUGCACCCCGACCUUGGGGCUGUGGGAGAGGUUCAAACUGCACCGUAAGAGGCACCGGCAGGCGUCCAUGGAGGAUGAAGGAUACGUGGCAGCCGGACAUGCGCUGAGGCGAAAAGUUCAGUUUGCCAAGGAUGAGGAUCUUCAUGACAUACUGGACUACUGGAAGGGUGUGUCCGCUCAGCAGAAGACCUGA